AUGAGUGAUUCAGAACAGCAACAAGACGCAGCGCAGGUGUGCGCGCCUCAGUGGCCUGAGAAAGGAGAGGAGUGGAGUGAUGGAGAGGAUGGCACGGACAUGGACUGCGGACUUCUGCAGGCCAUGGCCGAGGAGGACGAGGAGAUCAACGUCUACAAUGAGGAGACGUUUGGGAUGGAUCUCGACACACAUGGAACCCCAGAUGAACCCAUCAGUACCAACCUUCAGCUUGGAGAACUGAAGCCUCCAACACCACCUCCAGACCCCAAACCUCCGUCCCCUCCCAGAGUCCCCUCCCCUCCCCGACAGAAGCCACAGUAUCUGCCCCGGGCCGCCCCGGGGUACCGUGGCAGGUUCAGAGGAUGGAGGGGAGGCCUGGGCAGGGGGCAGAUGUUCGAGGAUCCAGCUGUGAUGAGGAUAGUGGAGGGACGACCGAGCCUCAAGAGUCUUGACAGUGCCAUAGUGGACUAUGGGAACGCCAUGUACCGGAAUACCUUUGAGGAUGAUAGGCUGGAGCCCUCUUACAGAAAGACCAGACGAAUGUCAGGAUCAGUGCUACAGGACAGCGCUAUAGUGUGUGUGAUCGGUCACAGAGACAGAGGUCAGCACCACUACUCCAGCUUCAUGGAUCUGCCGUAUCCUGCCUCCACCUUUAGGGGCAGAAGAGCAGAACCCAGAGGUUCCUACUCCAGGAGGCAGUUUGGCCAAAGAGGGCCUUCUCAGGUGCAUGCCUCCAUGGCCCCAGGAUCUCCCAUCUUCUCACGCCAGCCACUGACCCCGCGGCAGCUUUACAACCAGACAGGGGGCUUGAUGUUUCCUCCGAACCGACCCUGUCCCUCCACUCCCCAGCCUCUGACCCCCAAGAUGAUGCAACUCCGCUUUGGCGCCAACUCACCGAGGCCGUCGCCCUUCUACAGCCCCUCGUCUAACCCGGUGCAGCAGUUCAGGUACCCCGGUCCGGUCACACAGCUCCACCCCCAACAUAAACGACUACUCAGUCAAAAACAACGUGUAUUCCAAAGAAAGUCGGAGGGCUGGGAUCCUUACUGCAAUUUCAUGACGGCCAAAGAGAAGGAGUGGAUCACCCGGCUGCAGAUGAUUCAGCUGCAGAGUGAGAAUCCCUACCUGGAGGACUACUAUUACCAGGAGUACUAUCGCCGAAUAGAAGCCAAGAUGGCCGAAGAAGAGCUGGGCAUCCGGAGCAAGAGGGAGCCGCCGAAACUCACCACACCCUACAUCACAAAAACAGACUCGUACACACCAGUGGUGCAUAUCGAAGGCUCUCUGGGUCAGGUGGCCGUGUCCACGUGUUACUCUCCUCGCCGGGCCAUCAGCGCCGUUCAUGCAGUCCAGGCUCACAGUCCACUCGAGGAACAAAAAGACACCAGACAACAGCGGUUAGAGAUCCUUAACAAAAUAGAAAAGUUGUUCAUAGCUCUGUUGGACGUGGAGGAGACGGAGAGAAUGAAAACCACAGUCUUGUCUGAGGCAGAAGAGAAAAGGUUCAUGGAGAAAACUCAGAGGAAAGUGGAACAAAUCUACUCCCAGCUGCAGCACCAUCCAGAUUCGGGAGGAGAGUUUCUUCCUUUCCUGCUCGUCUCAAAAGGCAAAAAGCUUAUCGCCCGUCUGCUCCCGUUCCUUCAAUGCGAAUCUGCGCAGAAGAUCUUGAGCAUCGUGACCUCGAACCUGCCGGCACUGAUGAGCAGAGAUCCAGAGGAGGCCCUUCCGGUGCUCUACCCACCUCUCCGAAACGUGAUCGGUGGCCUGACGUUCAGUCAGCUCAUCGGCCUCCUCAAAGAUCUGACGUCCCUGGAGUCUCUGACGACCUACGAGUGUCUCACUCUGGCCUGCCAGAACAAGUUUGGCCUGUCCUUGUUGUACGCUCUCCUGUCCCACGGAGAGAAGCUGCUCUCCUCAGGCGUCCCUCUGGAGCCCAGCAUCGGUGACUUUGAGACCUGGACGGACAUAAUCUUCCAGGUGGCUGGACAGCUGUCUCAGUGCUCGCUGGUGGAGCCGCUGCUGCUGCCCUCGAACCUGCUCACCUUGUUCUGCCGAUACCUGGACAAGAGAACGGUGCAUCAGCUGAAAAGCAACAUGGAGACUGCAACAGGGUUCCUGGCUCUUCCAUCGUAA